CAAGACGGCAUCUCGCAAAUCACCGUCUCCUUCCGAUUUCUCACCGGUCAAAUCCUCCGGUCUUACUUUCUGCGUGUUUUCUGGUCCUAUCGCUAAUCUCUCCGUUCUAGGCGUAUGUGAGGUUUUGUAAAAGAAUUAAUACAUCAUGGGUGUGAAACAAGUUAUAAAGAAUCUGGAUGCGUUUCCGCGUGCGGAAGAUCAUUUGUUACAGAAAACACAGUCUGGUGCUGUUGUUUCUAUUGUAGGUUUGUUCAUAAUGGCAACACUAUUCUUACAUGAGCUAACGUACUACGUUUCUACAUAUACAGUUCACGAGAUGGCUGUUGACCUGAAGCGUGGAGAAACACUACCAAUACAUAUAAAUAUGUCAUUCCCUUCUUUACCCUGUCAAGUUUUGAGUGUAGAUGCCAUUGAUAUGUCUGGCAAACACGAAGUGGAUUUGGAUACAAAUAUAUGGAAGCUUCGAUUGAGUAGAGAAGGGGUGAUCAUCGGGACAGAGUAUCUAUCUGAUCUUGUAGAAAAAGGGCAUACAUCUCAUAAUCAUGAAAACGAGACAGAUCAUCAUCAUGCGAAAGUUCAUCUGGAUAAAUUUGAUGAUGAGGCUGAAAAUAUGAUUAAGACUGUCAAGCAAGCAUUGGCUAAUGGAGAAGGGUGCCGUGUUUAUGGAGUGUUGGAUGUUCAAAGAGUUGCUGGAAACUUUCAUAUUUCAGUUCAUGGUUUAAAUAUUUUUGUUGCACAGAUGAUUUUUGAAGGAGCUACCCAUGUGAAUGUCAGCCAUGUGAUUCAUGAUCUGUCUUUUGGUCCAAAGUAUCCAGGAAUUCAUAAUCCUCUUGAUGAUACUAACAGAAUUCUUCAUGGUGCCAGUGGAACAUUUAAAUAUUACAUAAAGAUUGUUCCGACCGAGUAUAAAUACAUAUCAAAAGAAGUUUUACCAACCAAUCAGUUCUCUGUUACAGAGUACUUUUCCCCGAUGAAUGAAUACGACAGGACAUGGCCAGCGGUUUACUUUCUAUAUGACCUUUCACCAAUUACGGUUACGAUUAAAGAAGAACGACGCAGUUUUAUCCACUUCAUAACUCGGUUAUGUGCAGUGCUAGGCGGUACAUUUGCUUUAACAGGAAUGCUUGACCGAUGGAUGUUUAGAAUUCUGGAGGCAGUGACAACACCUACCCCCAGGCGUUCAAUGCGGUAAAAUUUCUCUCAGAUUUGCUGGGAAAACAUGAAGCAAGUUCCAAACCACUGAAGAUGUGUUUGUUAUUUUUUUUUAACUUUCUGUUAUCUUUAGUACUUGUUAUUACUUUUUUAAAGGCAUAAUUAAUCAGAUGUAAUAUUUAAGUAGAAAUCAGUUGGUUUAACCAAAAUAACAAUUUUGAUUUGUGCUUAAGCAUGGUCUCUGGUGUGACAA